UGGUAACGUAUUCUGGCCAGUGUCUUGUGACGAACGCGCCGUGAACAAACUCCGUUUAUUCCGAUGUUUGUAUCUUCAUUGUGUAAAUUUGUAUUUGUUUCUUCAUUGUGUGAAUUUGUAUUUGUGCACUUUAUCGUUGCUUUAACAUAACGUUCUAACAGUGUUCUGGUGAGCUGGCGGAAGAACCAACAAACCUCGUGAGGUGGUGAUGUGAUCAUGUGUAGGCUACGUGACUGACGACUUCGAAGAAUAGCCAUGAUAGUAUAGGCCCAAAAUUUAAUCCUUCACAUUACUCUGUACCUAACUGGCGAUGCAGUUGUAGCACUGCAUAGUAGUGGAACGUACUUUUCUGUUGCCUCUGCGCUUGGUUUCAUGGGAGUAGGGAUUUAUGAUAUGUCUAGCUAAAAAUGUAAGUGAUCACCAUGUCUCGAUACCAUGGAGGCCUACGCCCUACUUCUCCGUGUUGAAUGGUUCAAUGUUCACAUGAAGUAUUCAAAUUACGAAGCUGUCGUGAUAAUUGUCUACAAAACUUAGCUGAUAAUACCUUGUUUGCGAUGGCUUUAUAUUUGGAUGAUUCACCAGUUGUGUUUUGAGGUCAUCACUGCAAUUCUCCAUUGAGAGAUCCUACUCCCCAAACUUUGUCAGAAUCAUGGAGGGGCGGUAUAUACAACGUCAAGAAGUAAAGGCCACUUUGAAAAAUUCAAGAUGUCAUGUGCAGUCCGAUGAGAUAGGUAUUACUGAAUGAAAGUUAUGCCAUAUCAGAAACCCUUCGGUUCCGGUUUAUUCAUGUGUAUUUUACAGCUACGUUGCUAACCGGAAGAGCCUGCUUCCGCCGCGAAGAAUGAAGGCUCUGUUGAAUCUCCCCAAAAGGAAGCCGCAGACUGGGACACACCUUCUGGCAAGAUCAGGUAGAUAAUGGUAAUAGUAAUAACUUGCCAAAAUGGAUAGGGAGCAUCUACUGCAGGAAUAUGAAGAAACAGUACAUAAACAGGCCACACUUUUGAAAAGACAACAGUCAGUGAUUGAAAGCCUCCGUGAAGAACUGUCAAAUUCUCAAGGUAAAGUGUUAUCAACGGGGAAGCAAUAUCAGAAUAAAGUUGAAGCCUUGGUUCAGCAGGUGCAUUCUGCUGCUCUUCAAGAUACAUCAGAUGAGAAUUCAGUCCUGCAGCAGGAGUUGGAAACGGCGCUAAAGGAGAAAGAGCUGUCUCAGGCAGAGAAUAAGCGACAAGCACUUGAAGUUCAGCGUCUUCGUCAAGAGCUAUUGUCAAAACCAGUUGCUUCUGGAGAAACUUUUCAGCUGCCUGUACAUCAGCUUCAAGAAUAUGAAAGUGUAGUAAGGGCACUGGAGGAGGAAACACAGCGGUUAAGAGCAGGGAUGACCAAGAUAGAAGACGAAAAGUUAGAAGUACUCAAGCAGAACGUCGAUCUUAAAAAAAAGAUGGAUGGUCUUAUAUUUAAACUGGAACAGUCUGGGAAGGAAUUAAACUUACUCAAGGCUGUAGACAAAGAAAAGGAGGAGUCCAGUUUAGAGUUAAGGGAGUCGUAUGUCAACCUUAACAAGCAGUUUACAGAUCAGAGUGAAGACUUGCGUGUCCUGUUACUUCAAACAAAAUCUUUGCAGAAGAGUAAGGAUUACCUCACCAAAGUGCUUGGAACUGUAAAUGAAAGGUUAGAGGAUGCCAAGCAACGUGUCUCAGAAAGCGUACAUAUUGCGGAGGAUGCACUGGUUGAAAAGGAUGCGGCACUCUUAAGAGAAAAACAUGCCUUGGAUGAAGUAUCUCGGUUAGAAAGCACAGUUUCCUCACUUAUGGAAGAAAUGGGAGGAAAGGCACAAGCAGAAGUUUUGAAAAUCAAGGAUGAUUACAAUUCAAAUAUAAAAAAAUUAUCUCAGGAGGUUGUUAGACUUGAAAUGGCAUUCAAUGGAAAGCAGUUAGAACACAGCAGAGCUGUAAAAGACAAUGAAAGAAUGAAAAGUGAGUUAGAACAGAUGAAGGCAGAAAUUAGCAAAAAGAAGGAAGAGCAUCACGAGGAGAUUCUAAAUCUUCAUCAACGUAUAAGUUCCCAAGAUAACAGAAUCAUUACCUUGUCAAAUGAAAAAGACAGUUCCUUAGCAGCACAUGGACUUCUUGUAAAGGAACAUGAAGAGCAAAGAGAGGAACUUCUUGGUAGAAUUCAAGAGCUAGAAGAUCACCUUGUUCUGUCCAGAGGUGACUGUGAAUCACUUCGAAUUGUUCAUGAAGAAUUGAAAAGGGAAUACCAAAUUACUCUGGCCAAUUUUAAAAGACUAGAGGAAGAAAGUAAGUCAAAUGACAAAUUUUUAAAACGUCAGCUGCGAGCUAAAACUGAAGAACUAGAAGAGAUGACAUCAUCAAGUUCCAUUCGACUGGAUGCAGUUGAUGCUAGCAGUAAAGGUAUCAUCAAGCAACUUAAUGAAAAUAUAGAGGUACUUCAGGAAAGCUAUUCAAAAUUACAGUCUCAGGUAGAAACCCAGAAAAGGGAUUAUGAGGAAAGGAUUACAGAGGUUUCACAGAGACUGCAAGACAGCCUGCUUAAGUAUAAGAAUGCUCUUCAAUCUGUCCAUGAAACAAAAACAGAAUUAGCUGUUACAAAGGAUAUUGCUUCGCAAUACAAUAUUAGAAUUGAGGAGUUGGAAGCACGACUGCGAGGAGCAGAGCAAAGAUAUUCCACACUUAAGAAAGCUGCUCAGUAAUGGGUUUGAGUGCACUUUGAAAGGUUGUGAAUUAACUUUACAAAAGAUUUUUUUAUAUUACUAUAAA